UUGAAAUUGUUUUAACGGACUCUGAGUAUAUUUUCCAUUUUGAAUGGUUUGUAACUAAACUUUUAUAACUUUUAUAACUAAAUGCAUUUUACAUAACGUUUGGUAGUUAUAAAUUUUUCACUUUUACAUGUACAUUUGUAACUUUUUUCUGUUUUGUUGCUCAUAUUAUGUACGGGACUACUGUCUUGUACUGUACCUCCAAUGUGUUGUACACCACUUUUGUACCUGCUCCACUACAUGAAGAGUGGUCUGGGCGAUUCCUCGGCUGUGAUGACGAAGAUUGAUCUCGACUAUAUUCCAGAACUUAAAAAUGUCUGAGAACAAGAAGACCGCCAUGUCCUCCUUGGACCUGUUGAAGGCUAGCGGAACUCUCGUCGUGGCUGACACCGGGGACUUUGAGGCAAUUGCCAAGUUUCAACCUCGUGAUGCAACCACCAACCCUUCUCUUAUUCUUGCCGCAGCGAAGAUGCCGCAGUACAAG